GGCCCUUUAUCAGCUGGAGGAGGUCGCCGCUCGGCCUCAGAGCGGAGCCUCACGUCUUACAGUCAGAGACCUGUCAGUAUCUCGCCAAGAUGCUGUACCAACUGCUGGCUGUCACGCUGUGCGCCGGCCUAGCCUCGGCUGGCUGUCCGACCAACGUCGAGUGGCAGGAGUUCGACGGCUUCUGCUACUGGCGCUCCACCUACGCCACCUCGUGGCAGCAGGCCGUCAACGCCUGUCCCACGGUCGGAGCUGGGGCCCAGCUCGCCUCAAUUCACUCUCUGCUCGAGAACGCCUUCGUCAUGCAGACCUACGAUUUUGCCGACUCCUGGAUUGGCUUCAACGACAUCGAGACGGAGGGUCAGUUCCGGUGGUCGGACGGCUCGGAGGUGGACUUUACCAACUGGGCGCGUCAGCAGCCCGACAACCAGUUCGGCCAGGACUGCACGCGCGUUCCCCACCCCGACAACCCGCACGCGGCGGAGUGGGACGACUCUGGAUGCGAAGAGGAGCACUUCUUCAUCUGCAAGCUGCCCGCUACUGCCUAAACAGUUCCGGCGCCCGACGUUCACAGCAGUGUAA